AUGUCAGACGUCAAUAACGAAUCAUAUAAAAACGUUACGAUAGAAGAUAAUGACUACUAUAUUGAAUAUUGGGCUGAUAACAUAGAACCAUUAUUGUAUACGGAUUUGGACAAAGUUAUCAUCCCCAUCAUUAUGCCGAUCGUAGUCACCAUCGGUAUCAUUGGUAACGUAUUGACAAUUUUCGUGAUAGCAAGAAAAAAGUGCAUGCACACACCUGUUAACAUGUACUUUGCAAAUUUAGCAAUAGCUGAUACGUUGUUCCUAAUAACUGCAUCUGGUUGGAUAUGGAACUCUUAUAUUAAAAGUCCGGUAAUUGAAUCGUAUGACAUUGGUGAAACGCCGAAAUGG